CUCGGGGAAAACAAAUACAUCACCUUGAGGUCAACUGUGAACAAAGUUCUUUGUCGGCCAGUUGUCAACGUUUGACUAAAUUCUAGGCAGUUUCAGAAGUAAUACUUGCAAGAUCUAUGGGUAGGCUGGCACUUCUGGAAUUCACGGUUUUCGUUUUUAUCGCCAUCUUUUUCUCCCACGUCUUAAAUCUCUUGUAAGUCAGAAAUCUUGGUUCAUCGGUUAAUGACUCAAAGCUCUUCUCGCGUCCGUAAACGAGUGUAUCAUCUUAUCCAUAUUUUUCUAGGAUUAAACUUGGUUUUUUUACGCAGACGAUUAACCACUCCCCUGGAACUUGUAGAGUGAUACAAGGUAAGUUUGCAGAACUCAAAAUACUUGUAGCAAUCGCCUUAUUUCUUGGGGGUGAAACAGCGUCUUCUCAGUCAUUUCCUGUGCUUUUGGUCACGGCUUAUCUUCAUUUUGCGAACAAUUUAAAAGGGGCAGUUGCGAUCAUUCCAUUUACAAAUUUGGAUAAUUUUUUUUUCAAUAUCUUUUUUUCUUCCUUCUUUUAAUAGUCAUUUUAUUCAGUUUUCUGUCUAAUUCCGGUAAAGUCAGUCCGGGAUCAGUCAAAACCCCCGAACAACUAAUUUUGAGUUUACAGGGCAACUAGGCUACGUAAGCGUAACAUGACUAACAUGUGCCUGGAACGUGAGGGAUUGAAACUUGUAAGAAUAAAACUAUCUUCUAUAUGAAGUCCAUUCGUUUGUUUAGCUGUACAACGCCAUAUUGUUUGCUGUUUGUUAUUAAGUGCAUGUAGACAUGCAGCACGCGCGUUUUGGACAUUUGUGGCUCGAAAUUGUUGUUAGUUUGGCAUCAUUAACAAAUCAUGAUUACUUUCAAAUAUACUGCAAAGCCUCUUUGUCGAGGAGAUUGAUUAUUCACUGAAAUUUAAGCCGUGUUUAUUAAAACGAGUGUGAUUGAUUGUUUUCUUUUUCUAGCGAACGGUUCUGAAGAUUUCGCCCUUCUCCCUGAUGGACUGGUCUUUGUUUCUUCCGUAAGUGCUUGUUGUUUAUUGUUGGGACUGUAUUUAUGCAUGCCUUAAGUCUUUGGAGGAGGGUCCGAAAGGCAUUUCUUCAGAAAACAGCUGGGAAAGCAAACUGUACUAUUCUCAGUUGUGCCUUAUUUUUCCUGGACAGUAACUUUAAAUUAAGCUCCCCUGCAAAAAGAUUGCAAAAUGAGGAUGGGUAGGAUACACCCCAAACGUGAGGAAGGCCGAUAAGGUUGUGGUUAGGACUAGGGUUAGGGUUAGCACAGGAAAUCUUAAAACAAAUCCAUCACGUUCAGACCACAGUUUUUCAAGAAAAUUAGUGACCGUACCCUUUGCAUCUUUUGUUUAAAAAUGCAGAGUUGUUUCAAGUACUCUGUGUAAUAUUUCUCUGUGUUUAGGCUGUACCUUGGCUACAUGCCCUCUGGGUUCUGUUUACAAAGGUGGUUUGCAAUAAAUAACUUUAAGAUCAGGUGAUGGAAUUGGCCAACAUAACAAUUCAACUAGUCUUUGAUAAAACAGAUUUCUGAGAAACUGCCUUUGAAGAAUUAGCUGGUCUGUUUAUAGGCGACCUUCUAUUGCCUGUAGAAAUCAUGCAUUGCCCGCGCAACCUACAGAUUAGCAGAUAACUGAUAGCAAUUAUCUGCCCUGAUUUCCGAAAGAAAUGUAGUCUCAACCAAAGAGAAGACACAUUGUGAAGUAAUGCGUCAGGUUUAACUGGCACCAAAGAUGUGCACACUAUUAGCAAUGCAAAAAAAUGGAAAGCCUGCGUUGCAGUAAUAAAGAUGGCGAUUUUAAUCUUAGAGAUAUCAAUCGUGUUACCAUUAGUAAUAACACUGGUGAUGAUUAAAUAUGAAUGAUGAUUAUGAUGACGUUGUUGAUGAUAGGGAUGUAUGAUGACGAUGAUGAUCAUAAAUUUUAAAUGUCCUAACGAGUUUUGCUUCUUUUUUCUUCUUUAAUUUACCAACAGGGACUCCGCUAUAAACUGGCACUCUAUUACGACCCCGAGAUUGACAAACGAGACUCUAAGCUGUUAACAUUUGACCUCAACAAACCUGACCAGGAUCCAGUUGAAUUAACACUGAAGAACUUCAAUCGCACGGGAUUUAACCCGCACGGGAUUAGCGUGUAUCGAGACCCAUCCUCGGGUCAGGUAUCCUUGUUUGUUGUGAAUCACCGACCAGAUGCCCAAGCCAUUGAAAUAUUUGACUUUGAGCGGGAAACACAUUCAUUAAUACAUCGCCGUUCUGUGGUGGAUGAUUUGAUCUGGAGUCCAAAUGAUGUAUAUGCAGUAGGUAGGUGUCUAGUUAAUUAAGGUGGCUCGAUCCUGUUUUUCAGUGAUAACACCUACUCUCCUUGAACACGAAAAGCGAAGAUGUCUCAAAAAAAGUAGGAAAUCGAAUUGUGCUCGUUACAUUUGUAGGGCGAUCAUUUCAAGUGGCGAUUAUAACUCCUGGCCUUGGGGGAAUGUAAAAAAUUGAAAAGAGUUGAAUGACCAUUUCACAUUCCAGCACUUUGGAUUAAGAUAUAAGGGAUUUUUACCUUUAUUGGAUAAAAUGUGGCCUGCAAAUACAGCCUCCUCUCAUCGCUCCUCGCCGCUCUGCUUGGACGUUUCGUUUCCUUUCAAGCCUGUUUCGCUGAAAAGCCUGGUGGCGAAGAGCGAUGAUAAGUGCCUUUUUCGCAGAUUAGGAACUGAGAGGUAUUGGAGAUCUUUUUAAGAACUCAACAAUGGUAAAAAGAGGUCCGGUCAGCAAUUAGCUUUAGAAUUAGCUCGAGAAAAGGUGCAAACAAAACAAAACAAAACAACAAAGACAACAACAUCAUAGCGAUUUCAGCGUGCUUAUGUAUGACGUUUACGUUAGGCUGUUGCAGUUAGCAAUAUGCGACGGCUAACGCUGAGCCGGUGCAGUCAUGUGGCCAAUACAGUGAAAAAAGUAGUCCGUAUAACCGGCUAUCUAUCAGAUGUUUGAUUAACAAUAUCUUGGAAAAACUAAAAAAAAAAAAAACGCAUGAGACGAUUAACUUUCUUCUUUCCAAUAUAUACCCUUUGCAGGUCCUGAUAGCUUUUACGUCACCAACGAUAACUUCUUUCAUUUUGACCGCACUGUGAUGAGAAACUUGUGGCUUUUUUUCCUCAAUUACUGGCUGCAUUGUAACAUUGUGUUUUUUGAUGGAUUCAAGGCUAUUGAAGCGUUUGUAGGCGUUCAUCCUAAUGGUAUUGCUAUGGAUAAAGACGAAAGGUUAGUUGGUGUGUCUAUAAGGUGCGUUGCUUAGCAAACAAAAGGCGUUGCAUGCGCCCGCAUUUUAUGAAAUUGAUCCCUAACGGAACGGUCACCUUUUUUCUCAAAAAAAAAAAAAAAUGUUAAACUGAUGCCAAAUUAAUGGAGAGGUGGACACAUUUUCCCGCUAUUCAAACUUAUACGAAUUGAGCUCAUAUAUAAUUUUAGCUAGUUUUGUGUUACUCACGCGAGAUGAUACGACAAGGCGGGACUAAAUAGCCAGCGAAGGUGCGCUUCGCUGCUCGCGUGUCUCACUGACUCCCUUACCACUCUCGCUCCCAACAACGAGACCCAGCAAGUAUCUUUCGUUCAAACAGACAACGUAAACCCAGUCCAGCGAUUUGAACGCAGACAACCAUAAAAAAGAACUGAAAUUUAUCUUCAGCGAUCUUUUUUUCUCAUGGAUCGCUGUGACAUCUAGCUGCAAACAUUGUUAAGUUGUUUCCACUCAAUCCAUGCGAUCGUUAAACUUGUUUCAGCAGCGAUCUAAGCUGGUCUAAGCUUACGCUGUCAUGCGCAAACCACUACUUGAAAGCAGUCCAACUCAGAGAUCAGCUGAAUCCGGCAAUUAAGCUGUUCCCAGCCAUGUUUUUUUCCGUUGUAGGUUUGCGUUUACUCCCGACUACACUUCUCUUAGCGUUGCAAUUUACAGACGUCGUCAAGACAACACAUUAGAAAAGUGUCAGGUUAGUUUGCAUGUGUUAGAGUAAUUCCUUGAUAUCGCCCUUACGAGAGCGAAGUGGGGUGGGAAGGGAGAUUUUUAGACUCCCUUUAUGACUCCCUGGUAUCCUUGCUCAUUCUAGAUGGGGUGGGACAGGGAGAUCCAAAUCUCCCGUCCCUUGUACCUAGCAUUUCCUGCUCCCACCCCUUUUGUCUUGUCCUCUGCACUUAAGUCCUUUUUCGAUUGCGAAAUAUUAAGCAUCCCCCACCCCUUACCCCUCAAAUUUCCCCCUCUUCCCUUCCUUUUAGAACUCCCACUAUCGCGCCCUUUCGUCACCUCCCGCACCCCUUUUUCUCCCGAACUACCCCUCCCCUGUCCUCCCCCAACAUCGUACCUUACAUCACUGCGUAUUACCUAAAUACCUGUUGUUUUCUUCAACCAUAGUUACUUCACCUCUUCAAAAUCCUUCACUUAAAUAUGUUAUACGUUGAAACAGUUUCUUCAAUAACGUUUGACGUCGUUUUAUGUUCUGCUGUUUCGACUAACAUUGGUAAUCUUUUUAUUAAAGCUAAUGAAAAGCAUGAACACGUGACCAGGUUCUCUUCCUUCGGCAGUUGUUAUAUUAACACAUCGAGAUUGAAUCAAAACUAAGGUUCUUUUGCUAGGUUCGGGGCUAAGCUUUGGAACUCCGUUUGCGAUGAACUCCGUCAACUCCCCAAGAGAGCUUUUAAAAAUACGUAAUAACAACUUGUUGUUAUGAUGAAGCGUCUAUUCUGCUUCAGAAAAUUGCGAUGAGUCGUUUAUUUUAGUUGUUUUUGUAGUUAUAUAUGCCAGUAACUGUUACAAGUGGUUGAUUUUGUAAAUGUUUUUUAUUCACGUUUGAGCUUUAUUUUUUAUUUAUUUAUUUUCAUUUAUCACUGACUGGCCUCCACUAGCACCUGCUAUUUGCGGGCGGAAAUGAACUCCAUGUAUGUUACUUGUUAAUAAAGUGUGUAAAGUGUGAUAGGGUGCAAUAGUUGCGAGCCCGUCAGUGUUCUCUGCUUUGUUAUUUGUUUUUGUUAGCUUCUGAGCUUAAUGUGCAUAAUGUUUAAUAGCAUUCCAUUUUUUGAACUUACUGACCAACAGAAACGUCACAUUAAUUUAUUUCGCCACAAACGAUCGAUUGAGCACGGUCAAAGAACUUUCUACAUAAACUACACUUAGCACCGUUGUUGUUUAAGUUAUGUUUGGAGUUUCAUAGCCAGUCCGGCUUCUACCAACUUUACUUCAACAGGCUAUUCCAGUGGGGACAUUUAUAGAUAACAUCAACCUUGACCCUGUGACUGGAAAUCUGUGGCUUGCGGCAUCGCCUCGGGUUACUGACUUCGCGGAACACUCUAAGAACCUUAGUCUUCCCAGUCCUUCUCAAGUAUUAACUUUGCAGCUUGGAAAGCCAUCUUCAUCCGGGGAAGCUUUUCCUGAUUGUGAGGUUCGCGAAGUAUACAUGAAUGACGGGAAGGAAGUGUCGGGCUCCUCGUCUGCAAUUUUUUACAAAGAUCGUUUGCUGAUUGGCUCUGUAUUUAGCAAUAUGGUGUUCUGUGAAGUGAAGUUUUAUUAGCUGCCUGCAAAGUCACCUUACAACCAAGAAAAUGUAGUCUGACUUGAGACCUUUCCGAUUUCAUUUAUUAAACAGUCUAAACUUGCUAAUGUUUUAUUAAAUUAUCAGCAUGUCUUAGAUAACUCGAGACAAAAGUCGUUUUGAUAUUUGUUAGGGUUGAGAACAAUAAGAACCUACUCACGAUCAAAGACUAGCUGAGUUUGGUAGUUAAUUAGAUCAUUGCAGUCAAACAGAGCAUGCCCAAGGACUGUUUUAUUUCCUAUCACCCUCUCGUUCGCAAAAGUGGGUCGGAAGGUCAGGAAAACAAAGAUCAUAAUUUGUCGCAAGACCACGCCAUUUUUACGGACCGGUUUAUUUUCAGAUAAUUUUUAGAGCACUUUUUCACGCGAAUUAAAGUUGAAGUGUAAGAUAUCAAAAAGGAACAUUGACGUCUUUUAUUAUAUAGAUACUGAUAAAAUACCAGGAUUUUUCCUUUUACUAAAAAAUCAUAUCUUCAUCGCGCGCAGUGAAGAUACUAUUUUCAUCUUUCACGUGUGAGGUAUCAUGAUUAGCCAAUUAAAUAAAAUCCGAGAACAUGACAGGCAUCUUGCGAUAGGUGACCACUUUAAUUGUACUAUUUUGCUGUUUCCAAAAUGAAUAAACAAAAGAGUUGUGUUUUAUAUAGGAAUUUCAUCAGUAUCGAUAAAAUAAACAGAACAUUACAAGGCCGUUUGGGAAUACGAAUUUUAUCUUCUCGUGCUGAAAGUAUCUCUCACCCGUGAGAGAUACUUUCAGCACUCGAAGAUAAAAUUCGUAUCCCCGCGCGGUCAUGUAAUAUCCUCUAUUUAAAUGUAUGGCAAAAAAUAUCAGUUUUAAGUCUGUAGCUUUGCUGACUAGUUUGUGGGACUUUAAACUUUGCUGACUAGUUUGUGGGACUGAAAACAUAUUCUACGUUCACGCCAAAACCGUUCUAAAAAUAAAUUAGUCGGAGAGAACCCCGUGACACAAGUACAUAGAAGUUGUCCGCUCAGUAUUAUGGGCUCCUGAUCUGAGUUGAGGCAUAUAAUAAAAUAGACCAGCUCUACGGUAAACUGUGAGUUUUGUUUCCCUUCGAUCUUCGAUGUUCCUUUCAGCGCCGGUUUCCCUUAGGAAAUGAGGGCCUCGGCAAAACAACCGCGGGGAAACCGCAGGAACAUGCGGGAAUGGUGCAUUUUUGACAAUUUCUUGGGGUCGCAGGGUGGAGUUGUUUAGUUUUGGAAACAAGCGCUUUAGACCCCAGAGGUGCACCCUCGGGAUUAGGUCGACACUGGUCAGCAUUACAUAGCUUAUGACUGAAAAUGAUGAUGGCCGCAAACAUUGAAGGAUUGACAAGAUUUACGAAAGGGAACAGGGGCAGCUCUGAAAUUUUUACGCAAGGCGUGAGAAGAUAUUGCGGCCACGGUUUACGUGUCAAAACUCAUAAGGUAUGGCUUAAAUACAGGCGUUUACUGAGUGUUUGAAUGUGUAACUCCCUGAAGAAGUCUACGUCAGUUAGACGAAACGCGUAAGAGAAUAGAGAGGAGAAGUGUGACGUCACGUUACCAUGGUAGCAAAAUUUCUGGAUCACAACAAUAGGGAGUUUAAGCAACGACGACGGCGACGGCAACGAGAACCGUUAAAAAGCAAUAAGUUUAUAUUAACAAAACAACAACUUUGCACGUGCAUCACGCUUUUUUGUACAUUUCUUUGCCGUCGUUGUACGACUGCGACAUGAAACUUCCUAAUUUCACGCGCUUGUCUUAUGGAGUGUGUAAACACAAAACAGAAAUUUUCUUUUUCUUAACUUAAAUACCGUCCUUUUGGAUUCAACCCCAGAAAAUUUCGCCAACAUUUGACAAGAUCGAUUAAGUUUGAAACAGUGCGAAUUCACUUUUUUUUACUUCUUGUCAUCCAGAAAUUUUGCUACAAUGGAAACGUGACGUAA